AUGUCUGCACCAGUUCAAGAAAAUAUUGCCUCUGCAGCUGAUGGCAUCUCCCCCUCGGCCCUAUGCCAUAUCGUCCUCCGCACGCCGACAGAAAACUACUCGAAAAUGGUCGACUUCUACCUCACCUUCCUCGGCGCACACGCAACCCACACACAUCCGCGCGUCACAUUCCUCACCUACGACUACGAGCACCACCGCAUCGCCAUUGUAAACUACCCAGACCUCAAACCCCUCGACACCCAGGCCGCCGGUCUAGCUCACAUUGCAUUCGGCUUCGACACCCUCACCGAACUGGCCACAAGCUUCGAACAGAAAAAGGCAAGGGGCAUACUGCCGUUCUGGUGCGUCAAUCAUGGGAUGAGUACGAGCAUGUAUUAUAGGGAUCCGGAUGGGAAUGAGCUUGAGUUGCAAGUCGACAAUUUUGAGACUGUAACUGAGGCGAUUGAGUUUAUGAAUGGGGCGAAGUUUGAGGAGAAUCCGAUUGGGGUUGAUUAUGAUCCGGAGGAGUUUGUGAGGAGGGUCAGGAGCGGGGAGGAUGAGAAAAGGAUCAAGAUGCGUUCUGAUCUGGUUGAGUCAUAG